GAAUCCGGUUUGGAAGAUUGGCCAGCAGCAGCAACAGCAGCAGAAUGGUGACGAGGAUGGGCUCGGGCAUUAGAAUAUUUUUGAAUGCUUAAUAACAGACGGAACUGCCCGGGCGUGCAUCAGUCGUGUGUCGCCUAUCCGAGUGGAGUGUGCAGGCAGAGAGCUUAAUCUGGAGAAAGAACCAGCCCCGAAACAAGCGCAAUCGAGUGCGAGUGAUACCAGUGUGAAUAGUGUACAGCGAUCAGUGAGAUAAGAUAAAAGUAAAAGUGUACUCAGUAUCUGUGUAAUUAUCGUGAUCUGAGCCAACAUGCCGGAGUAUCAGUAUCUGUCCGGAUUUGGGUCACACUUCAGCUCGGAAGAUGCCCGCUUCCCGAACGCCCUGCCGGUGGGACAGAACUCACCGCAAAAGUGUCCCCACGGGCUGUACGCGGAGCAGCUUUCCGGCAGUGCGUUUACCGCACCGCGCACGGAAAAUACCCGCUCGUGGCUGUACCGCAUCCGGCCCUCGGUCGUACAUCAACCGUUCAAGCGGUUCGAGGGUGUGGCACCAUUCCUGCGCGGAACUGGCUGGGAAGAGCAGCACCCCAAUCCGAACCAGAUGCGCUGGAACCCGUUCGAUCUGCCGGCGGCCGGAAGCGAGGUAGACUUUGUGGCGGGAUUGCAUACCGUGUGUGGGGCGGGCGAUGUCCGCGCCCGCAAUGGGUUGGCGGUGCAUGUGUACCUUGCCAACUGUUCGAUGAAGGAUACGGCGUUCUACAACAGCGAUGGCGAUAUGCUUAUAGUUCCCCAACAGGGUCCACUGGACAUAACGACCGAGUUUGGCCGACUGUACGUAAAGCCAAACGAGAUCUGCGUCAUUCCGCAAGGCAUCCGGUUCAGCGUUGCGCUGGAAGGACCGUCCCGUGGCUACAUUCUCGAGGUGUACGAUGGUCACUUCCGGCUGCCCGAUCUGGGCCCGAUCGGUGCCAAUGGGUUGGCCAAUCCGCGUGACUUCCUAACGCCCACGGCCCAUUUCGAGGAUCGCUCGGUCGAGGGGUAUCGCAUCGUGUCCAAGUUCCAGGGCGCACUGUUCGUCGCCACCCAGGGCCAUUCACCGUUUGAUGUGGUCGCCUGGCACGGUAACUACGUGCCGUACAAGUACGAUCUCGCCCGCUUUAUGGUGAUCAACUCGGUCAGCUUCGAUCAUUGCGAUCCGAGCAUCUUCACCGUGCUGACCUGCCCCAGCAACCGGCCCGGCACGGCGAUCGCCGAUUUCGUCAUCUUUCCACCGAGAUGGUCGGUCCAGGAGCAUACCUUCCGUCCGCCGUACUAUCAUCGUAACUGCAUGAGUGAAUUUAUGGGCCUGAUUUUCGGCCGGUACGAGGCGAAGGAGGGUGGCUUCAUGCCCGGUGGUGCCUCGCUACACUCGAUGAUGACACCGCACGGGCCCGACCAUCGGUGCUUCGAGGGUGCGUCCAAUGCGGACCUGAAGCCGGAACGCGUUGCCGAUGGGACGCAAGCGUUCAUGUUCGAAUCGUCGUUGAGCAUGGCGGUAACGCGCUGGGGCGAGGAAACCUGCCAAAAGCUGGACGCCCGCUACUACGAAUGCUGGCAAGCGCUGGAAAAGCAUUUCCAUCUGUAAUUUGGCUUCGAAAAACCGACGACAUUUGAACCGAUUUUUGAACGUGUGCCAGCUGAACUGAAACAACCAUUUUUUACCAUGUUUGACUUGUAGGUUACCAGGUGUUAUUGAACAGUAGUACACUUCUUUCAUUUCUUUUUCAUUACUUUCCCAUUUUGUUUAUUCGUCUUUUUUCACCUUGUAUCGCUUGUGUAUCGUUGAUUUAUCUUGUGCUAUUCCUUAGUUUCGGUUUCUGCUGUUGUUUUGGUUUUACUGUAUUUGGUUUGUUUGUUUCUUUUGUUUUGAUAAUUACGGAUAUAUAUAUAUGUUUUUUUUAAAGAAGCAAAUUUGUUAAAAUGAUGCACCGGGCGGUAUUUUCUCUCCUUCUUUUUGUUUUUUUUUGUUUUUUUUCUUCCUUUGUUUUUGUUUCCGUGCUUAAGUGCGUCACGCAAUUCCUCAAACAGUGAAAUUUGUUUGAAAUUUUCAUAGGUUUUUUUGUUUGUUUUGUUUUACUUACGUUUAUUGUGCUUUUGUUUUUUGUUUUCGGUGCAAUCUUCACCCCUCUUGUUUUACACCAUUGUCUGCUGAUGCUUCUCGUGCUUCGUGUCUGCUUUUUUUUGAAAAUUAAGUUCUGCAAUUCGAUAGAUACACGAUCGUUAUCACCGGUGUUUGUGUGUGUGUGCUGUUAUUAUGUUACCUUCUUUUAUUUUGUUAUCGUUUCGUAUCGCUUGAAAAGUACUGUUUAUGCACUUUAACCCUUUCCAUUUUUUUUCUUUUGUUUUCUUUUCUUAUUCUUUCCUUCGGCUUUUUUUUCUUUUUUUCCUGGCUUAGUUACCUUUUAGUUUCACAUUCAUAAGAAACAAUAGCGCUCGUGGGACGAUUAAAGCGUUCUUAUUUCGUCUGAAUUUAGCGUUGUAUGAACUGUCCUUUCCAAGCACAUGCUCUUUUUCCCUCGUUCUCCCUUAUGUACACCUGCACAAUUCACACAGCUUCUGUGCAAGUAUGUGUAUGUGUGUAUGUUUGUGUUAGUAGCUCUCGGUCGGGGUAAAUAGUAUAGAGGCACAGAUAAAUCCAUGUUGAGUUAUUUGCUGUUAAAAAUGAAUUCCAAUGUAACCACCCAACAUUCCCGUGGAACAUGCAACAACAUUUUAGCACAACCGAAAUCUUAUAUUGCUUGGAAGGAGAACAAUAAGAAGAAGAAGUAGAAGAAGAAGAGGAAAAAUAAAAUAAAGCAAAUAGUUUGGAUUAUCUUUUUUUUA